UGCAGAAGAAGCUGAGUAGUUAACCACUUCCUCAACUCUCUCCUUUCAUCAUGUUCCAUUACCCAACCCACCCAGUAAAGCUCCCACUUAAUUCCCCGUCAUUUUUUUUUUAUUUUGGCUGAGAAAAAUCAGUAUUUGUAAUAUCAUUUUUAUAUAUAGAUUAGGGCUCUUUAAUUGAUUAGUUGUUGAAAUUUCGCUAAUUUCCGGUGAUGAUCAAUGUCAAAAUUGAGGGGAAUCUCCUCGAUCGCUCCGGUAGGAGGAGCUGACGCCGGCGAAGGGGAUCAUCAAUAUAUAAUCUUCCGGGGGUAUCACGGCUUGUUCUUCUCUCCCUCCUCUCCCUCCUCUUGCCAUGGAUUCUGGCAUAACGCGGCUCUUGUAGUGCCGUCGGCGUUGUUUAUAGCGUACCUAGGGUUUCAGGCGAAGCGGAAUAUCAAGAAGCUUGGACAUGGCAGGUCUUACGUCAUGAUUGUGUAUUAUGUUCUCCUAUGGUCCGCUGCUGUUCUUAAUCUCACUUGGUCCUCUUUUCAGGUAUGGCAGUGUGUUCCUGAGAAAGAUGUUGCAUGGAACCUAUUGUCAUUAUCCACAGCUUCUCUAUUGCUGUGUCUGGAAAUUAGCAUAGUGGCUUUUUUGCUUCAAGACAAUUAUGUUAGUGGCUUGGAGACUCUAGCACAUACUUUCAUGGUUUCGGGUGCCAUUGUUGGUGUAGAUGCUUUUGUCAAGGUAAUAUGUAUAUUUGGACUUGGGGUUCCACUAUUCAUUGAUGUAGAAAUUACACAUAGAGGAAAAUGGUUCAUCUGGUUCACCUACAGACUAGUGCUUUCAGCUGUUUAUGCUUAUAUAUUGUUUGUGCAUUAUUCAAAGUGGAGAGAUAAGCUGCCACCAAAACCGGCAUUCUAUAAUUAUGUUAUUAUGUUGUUCAUCUUUAAUGCAAUAGCAUUAUGUGCAUGCGGAUUUGCUGGUAUUGGUGCUGGCUUUGGACUUUGGCUGUACAAUUUUUCUGUCGUAUGCUAUCACUCGCUUUAUCUUCCUUUUCUGUAUGUUACUUUCCUGGCCGACUUUUUCGAGGAAGAAGAUUGGCUUCUAGAUAAUGCAUAUUAUUCAGAGAUGAAAGACGCGGGAUUUUUUGACUCAGAAUGGGAUUAGGUAACUUGUUAACUUGUAAAUGACAAUGGCUUUGGAUAGUCCUUGUAAAUAGAUGCUGGCUAACGACUACCCUACUGCUGCUGCUAAGAAUUGUAGGAAAUCCACAGAAGUAUCGCUUCUUAUUGAAUAAUGUAAUGUUUAAUGUUUUUCUUGUCACGUCUUAAGUCAUAAAUAAAGUGACCUUGCCAUGUAAAAUUUGUUAAUCACCUCUUAGAACUUCACUAACAAUUUGAGCAUUGCCUGUAGUUGCAAUUAC